CCUCCCGCUACCCUCUCCCCGCUCCCCGUUCGUUCUGUCCGACCGUCCUGCCUUGCCUUUGUUCCCCAUCUUUGUCUCUGGCUUCGCUAUCGACGACAUCUGGACACUCUAGCCGGGCGGGGCAAUGCCAAUCACGGAGUCGCGUCUCUUCGGCCGCUUGCUGAGACUAGCCUUCGUGCUGCUAUGGGCGCAGGCACUAUUUCCUGCAGUCUCAGCGGAGGUUCUUCCAUAUCUGCAACAGGGCUUCCUGUUUGACUGGUACGGUGAUCAAAGUCCCCCAAUCCCGACGGCAGCACAAUGCGAUACCCUCCACAUAACCUGGGGUAGACGCUCCGCCACGGGGCCAAACCCUGUUGCGCCCUACUUCCUGCAGAUAUAUACCUCAACGUUCAUAGUACCAUUCGUGAUACCGGCCGGAGACAACUUGGCGACAUCGUUUGACUGGGUGGUACCAUUUGUCCCGGGGACCCAGUUCCAGAUGUGCAUGGUCGCGAGCAAUGGUGUAACAGGAGGCUGCCAGAACAUCUAUACUGUUUACCAGAGGCCCAACACGACAUUGGACAACCCACCGACAUGCUUUAACCUCACAUAUCCUCACGCACCGUUGGGCGUGGAUGCCUCUCUCGGCGGCGGUGGAGCAUGGUCACAAUAUGGAUGGGUUGAUCAGUGCUCUGAGAUCUCAUUAAAACCGACAAACGGAACUCCGCCGUUUUCUUAUAGCAUCGCACCUGCUCUCCAUCCGCCUUUCAACUUUACGUCUGACACUACGGACGCUUUCAACUGGACCGUCUCCUUGAUGUACGGCAUGCCCUUCUUUGUCACUGUUUCGGAUGCCAACGGAAUAGGUUGGUCCAACGGGCCCAUUCAUCCGACUGGUGCAGGUAAUACAUCAUGUCUUGACCUCGAUGCCGCGCUCCAUCCGCAGUCUUUGCAUUCGCCGGCAGGUAUCUCGCCAGGUGGCGCCGCCGGACUCGCCAUCGGCACGCUAGUCCUCGGUGCACUGAUCGGCCUUCUCGGCUCAUACCUCCUGGCGCGCUGGAAGUUCAAGAAUCGCUCGCCCUCGCAAGCGUUCGCGUACGGGCGCAAACUUUCGGACCCGAGCGACACGCCCACACUCUCCCAGUACCCGCCCUCGUCCGCCAUGUCCACGACGUUCGGCAGCAGCGGGCAGCGCGGCGGCCACGCGGACGAACAUGGGUUGCUCGCCGGCAGUCCCGCCACCCCCGCGUUCUCGCACAACCAGUCCUUCUCGCUAUCUGAGCGCGAUGACGGGAUCGUCUCCCCCGGGCACCAGCACUCGCCGAGUGCGGGCAGCAGCACGGUGUCGCCGACUAGCGCGGGCGUGCCGCCGCGCUCGCCGCUGGGCGGAGCUGGGCAAAACUCCGCCUCGCAUGUGUACGUGGUGCACCACGAUGCGGGCCGCCCUCCCCCCGUGACGGUGUUCACGUCAGACGGCACGGAGGUCGUCGAGCUCCCGCCGCAGUACGAGACCGCCGCCCGACGUGAAGAGCAGGAGCGUGGGCAGGAGCAGGGUCGGGGCGCCUCCAGCCCACGACCGCUUCCGACCUCUCCACCGACACCCGGCGGUCAACGGAGGACACCGCGGAGCCUGCCGCAGAAACCGUCAAUGGUCGCGUCAAAUGCGGACCUGCCUGGAACGUCUCCCUCGUCCCCGGCGAAUUCGCCGCCGUAGUCGGCGCAGAUGCGCCCGCUCGGCGGGCGUGGACUCUCUGGAUGUCUGUCUGGAUGUACAUAACGCCUCAUGUCCUGUAACGUAUUGCAUGCCCCUCUGUGUGGUUCUUCGUUCUCUUCGGAUCCUGGUUUCCUUCGCUCUUAGCUUAGUGUCUAUCCAUACCCUACGCUCGCGCUGCUUGCUUAGCAUAGCCCCCUUCGAAAAGAGAGAGGCCCUACUUACUUACCGACCACCCCGUUCGUUCGUUGACGCUGUUGAACCAGUGCUCGCUCUCCCUUCCCUCCGCUGCUGACGCUUUCCCCGCUCGUUUCCGCAGGGUGUACUCUACUAUUCGG